AUGAAUGUAGUAACUUGGUUUUCUAAUUUCGAAAAAAUAGCACAAGAAAAUGAAUGGAAUAAGAAUCAAAUUAGUAGAGCGUUAAAAAAUUUAAUAAAAGAUGUUGAAAUAGAUAAAAACAUUUAA